AUGCCGGGUUGCUCAGCUGUUAAUUGCUCAAAUAGAGCUCCUAAAUUCAAACUACAUCGAUUUCCUAGUGAUGAAGCUAGAAAAAAAAUAUGGGCGAUUAAAGUAAAUAGGCUGGAUGAAAAUGAUAAAUUAUGGAUUCCUGGAAAACAUGCAGUACUUUGUGAGGCUCAUUUUGAGAAAGAUCAAUAUGAGAAUCACAGGAAGGAUGGAAGAAGAUUACUGAAGCGUGAUGCCGUGCCUACACUUUUUUCUCACAGACCUGCACCUAAGAGAAGAAGAUGCUCUGGAUCAAAAACAGGGCAUAGAAACAAUUGUGAGCAUAUAGAUCCGACCUUAGAUCACAGUUAUGCUGCAAAUUUAUUUCCUAUGACAUCUAUGCAGCCCAGUACAGAAAAUGAUGAUGACUGUCAAAGCACGAAUGGAGAUGAAGAUAAUGAGACAUCUGGUCCAAUAUUUCAGGACUCCAAAAAUGAUGAUGACUGUCAAAGCACGAAUGGAGAUAAAGAUAAUGAGAUAUCUGGUCCAAUAUUUCAGGACUCCAGUAAUCAUGUUAGCCAGCCACUGUCACCAAAAUCAAAACAGAUUAACGAACUGAAAUCUCAAUUGCAGAAUGCGUUACAUAGAGUUAAGAGUGCAGAAAAGUAA